UCUCUCGACUCACUCUCGCCCUCGAGGCUCAAACCUUCGAGGCCGAGGGCGCUUCCUGUAGCAAAAGCUAAGAAGGUUCCACAGGCGAGGCGAGGGGAGGCGAGUAAGCGAAGCGGAAGCCGCAGCCUCGGGCGGGGCAGCGACUGGAUUCCUAGGGCAGUCUUCCCCUCCCCUCGCACAUGGAUCAGAGAAAGGCCCUGUUCCGGGCGAAGCUUCGCGAGCGCGAGGCCAAGGAGAAGCAGGAGAAGCGCAUCGAUCCCUCGCUCGUCAGGUACAAUGAAUAUGAUCAGCCCAUCUGCAGAGUCUGCAACGUUACUCUGAAAUCUGAAGCACUUUGGCCUGCACACCAAGUUUCGCGGAAACAUCAUGAGGCAAAAGCCGCUGCAGCCACUAAAGUUACAGCAGGUGCAGCACCUCGUGGCAAUAAUGUUAAUCAUGAACAACCAGCGGAGCCUCAGAAAGCAAAAUCCUCCUCAUUACCUGCCAAUUUUUUUGACAGCAAAGGAAUGAAAAGGCAAAGUGAUGGUACUGGCGCUGAAGGAAGGUCUGUACGCCAUGAAGUGGCUGAUGUUCAAUCGAUGACCAAAGAAGCAAGCGCAAAUAAACCAUCUGUCAGGCUGGACCAAGUGGCAAAUAAAGGAAGUCAAACCAAUACCAAUGCGAAAGGAGUCCUUCCAGGGAAUUUUUUUGAUUAUACUGAAGAAGAUGAAGAUGAAGCUCCAGCUCCAAACGACCCCAAUAUGACCCCUGUAAACAUUACCAAUCCAAAUCACAUGCAGGUGAAAGGUGUCCCUGCUGGCUUCUUUGAUAGCAAUAGCACACAACCCAGCGAAGUUAGUGCAUCGCCUCAAGCAGCGAAUAUUCUAGAAACUGCUCAAGUAAAAGGAGCCCUGCCAAAAGGAUUCUUUGAUAACAAAGAUGCGGAUCUCCGUGCACGUGGUAUCCAGCCUCCAAAAGUUGACAUCAAUGACGCAUACAAAGAAUUUGAAAAGGAAAUUCAAGAGGACCUCCAGGAAGUUGAUGACCGCCUUGAAGAAGAGGAGAUUGAUGCUGCUGCUGAGAGGGAAGAGUACUUGACUUUCGAGCAAGAAGAAUACAGGCAGCGAGUAGAUAUGCUGAAGCAGCAGCUCACGGAGUCAAAAGCCGCACGAAAUGCGAAAGCAAACAGCAAACCUGUUGGUUUGGAGAUGGAGUCUAGCACCAGCGACUCAUCGAGUAAUGAUGAAGACGGUGACACAGAUUUUGCUGUUGACUGGAGAGCACAGCAUAUGAAAUGAUGUAGAAAUUUUUAUGGUUGCUUCAUACCAUGCCAACAGAGAAUGAUUGACAUCAAUCAUUGCACAUCCACUUCAGAAUCAGAUUUCAGUUCUCCAGGAUUUUGCAUAAAGAGAGUUUUUUCCCCACCUGUCGCUAAUUUUGAACUCACUCGACUAGGGUAUGUACGUUUAGUGGCUAAUUUGUAUAGUUGUGAUUCCAAACUGCUGCAAAUUGCUUCUUACUGAUUGUACUUCUUCGCUUGUGCGGAUUAUGAGGAUUGACGAAUGGUUAAACACGCUCUUAAAGCAACCA